AUGCGGCGAAUCGAGCCUUUCCUGAGAGGGUUAGAGAAGUAUUCGAAAGUUAUAGAAGUUAUAUGUAACUACCUGCCAUAUGUUUGGGCUCCCAUCAAGCUCAUGCUGCAACUCGCAAGUCACCACCGCGAUGUGUUUGAAUCUCUCCUUGAUGCUUAUAAGGAGAUUGGCGAUUCUCUGCCUAGGUUUGAUCGUUACGAACAAGCCUUCAAGGACAAUCCCGCUUUUCUCGCAGUGCUUGCAUCUGUUUACAGUUCCAUCCUCGAUUUUCAUCAGAGAGCGUACAAGUUUUUCAAGAGAAGAGCUUGGCAUGUACUGUUUCAAUCCCUUUGGAAGGAUUUUGGAGCACGUUUCGCGGGCAUCAUCAACGGACUGAAGAAGCAACGAGAUUUUGUGGAUAGGGAGGCAGUCUCGAUCGAUUUAGUCGAGUCCAAAGAAUCGAGGAUUCGAGCUCAAGAAGAGAUUGAACAACGGCAAAAGAGUUCUCUUCUUCUCAUCGAGCAGAACGAGGCAAUUCUAUCGGCACUACAAUUUCAACAAUCAGUAGCUUGGUUCUCGAUCGACGAGAUUGCCCAAGGAAACCGCUAUGAACAACUGUGUCAGCGAAGGCAUGAUGAGACUUGUAGUUGGGUGCUAAACCAUCCAGAAUUGAAGUCUUGGAUGGGAUCCACCGCAGAGAAUCAGUUCGUGUGGCUAAGUGGAAAGCCCGGAGCAGGAAAGAGUGUGAUGUCUUCUUCUAUCGUCAGCAAGUUGCUGGAAAGUCAAUCCGUGGAUACACUCUACUACUUUUGCAGCAGCAAGGAUGACUCCUGCAACCUAAUUCUACGAUCAUUAGCCAUGCAACUUCUCCGGCAACAUCCAGAUUUGGCCUCACUCAUCUCCAAGGAGUUCUUCCGCAAGACUUGCAAUGCGGCACAGAUCAGAGAUCUUUUCCCCAGAAUUUUAGCCACAUCAGCUUGCUCUCGGAUCAUUCUCGAUGGUGUCGAUGAGACUGCGCAUGAAAUCCAAAAGCUAAUACUUCGAGAAAUUCAAGCUGUUUGUUCAACCACAACCGGCAACUGCAAGAUCCUAUUUUCGAGUCGUAAAGAAGUCGGCCUGGCUAAGCAGCUUGCCAAAAAGACGAGCAUUGUCCUCGACGGUCGCGAAGAAGUGAAAUUGGACAUAGAAAGCUUCGUGAGAUAUAAGAUGGAACAGGUUAAGACGUCCAACACAAUGCUACGCCAAGAGAUUGAAUCAGACCUGAUAAGAAAUGCUGAUGGGAUGUUUCUCUGGGUCCACCUCGUGGUCGAAGGACUAAAGGGUUGCUAUAGCGAUUGGGAUCUUGAGCGCAAUACUAGAUGCCUUCCAAAGGGGUUGGAAGCAGCAUACGAACGGAUCCUUGACAGGAUACAACUGGACCCGGCUGCCGCUAUUGCCAUCAACAUUCUUGAAUGGAUGGCAUGCUCGCACAGACCACUGAGGAUCUAUGAACUGCUUGAUGGAAUAUCAUUCAGACCAGAUCAUCCUACAUUCGACUCCCGCCCGAAGAUGGACAUUGCAGUCUUGGACCUCUGUCGUCCCUUGAUUGAGAUUGGGCCGUCCUGUGUCUUGGACUUUGUUCAUUUCUCCGCAAAAGAGUUCAUCCUCAAGAAUGGAACGCGAGACCGAAAUCCUUUCGUAACAAUCACCGAGGCCAAUCUGAACAUUAGCUUCGCUUGUGUUGCCUAUCUUAACACCGCGUUUCCGCUGCUCCCGAACCGUGGAAAUGAGGCACAGCAAGCUGCUAUUGUCGCUACAGGCUUUCAUGGAUUACUUCCGUAUGCCAAUCAAUACUGGAUCGACCACCUACUCGCAUUUUGCAGGUCCACUGGCAAACAAGUUCCCCGUGCAAUCGUUGAUCAGCUGUCUGGUUUGAUUGAUUAUCUCAAACCCACAGGAGUCGCCAGGUCUCAAGCUGGAAACCUCACUGCAACCAUUAACAUCGAUGGGCUCGAAUUUCUCGAUCAGUUUCCUCAGAUACAGUCUAUUAUUUCGAACAUAAAAUGCUUCAAGAAUGAACUAGAUGAAGCAUCCGAUCUUGAUAUGUCGGAAACCAGUGUCAAAGACACUGCACACCAAGAGUGCGACACAGACCCAACUUUCUUCACUGCAUUACGACACAACUAUCAAUCUAUUUUGGAGUCUCUCCUAGACCCAAAUUCAUGGUGGUUAUUUCCGAAUAUAGACCGCCGCACGCUUUCUUCGUUCCUGGAAACCUUCAGCUCCAGAGCAUUUACCUGCCGCUAUUCCCAGUGCGCUAGAGCGGUCGACGGCUUUGACACCUCGAAGCAACGUGAUGCUCACGAAGCUGCGCAUACAAGACAAUUCCGUUGCAAUUUUCCAAGAUGCAUUAACUUCUCGACCGGAUUCACUAAAAGAAGCGCUCUCAAUCGGCACAACAAGCAAUAUCAUCAAGUAUUGGACCAACCGGCAAGUAGUCUUUCGGAACUCAUCAGUAGUAUCCGCUACGUGCCACCUGUUGCUAGUGAUGAGCAAACUCGAGCACUCCCAUCUGAAGCCCAACUCUUCCUGCUUCAGCACCAAAGGCAAGCACAAGCACAAGCGCAAAUUGCCUCACAGCAACGUCAGAAACAAAGAGAAGCAGAGUCACAAAUGGGUGCACAGCUGACUCCACGGCAAUAUCAGCAACAAAGACCACGACAACAGCGAAUGUUACGUGCACAAGCACAAGCACAACAGCAACACCCGAUGGUUCUGCAGCUCAGUCGCAGGCAACAAGCUGAGGUUCCUCCACCAACUAGUAUGAGAAAGAGGACCGCGAGUGAUAUGUCACACGCCAACGCUGGUGCUAAAUCCCAAAUCCAGGAACCUGACGCCGGACCUGAUCUUCGUCAAGAAGCUUCUGACGUCCCAUCUGCCCCGAAUGCAAUAGAGACCAAAAAGAUACUCGAGACAGCACGAACAGAAGUAACGGCACGAACAUCUUUCUCGGCGUUGUCAGCUCAUGAUGAAGAUUUGGCUAUCCGCAGGAAGAUCAUCCACAUUUUAGCAGUUCAGGCUCUCGCCACAGACUCAGUAAGAGAAAAGCUACUAGAGCUCAAUUGCAACCCUUCCGCCCUUGUAACUCGCCUGCAGAAAGUUGGAUUCAGGCGUGGAAAUCUUUGGGAGCUGUAUUGGCAUGCUUGGAAAGAGCUUGAUGUAUGGGAAUAUGACUACGAUUGGUAUGAGGACUGCCAGCAAGCCAUUGACAACGCCGUAACUAUGUAUGACUUUAUGGAGCUAGGGUCAUCAGAGCCUGAAUGGGAACGGCUCUUGAGCCCAGACCAGCGUGGGAAAGGCAUAUGCCUGAGUGAAUUAGCGCCGAGGAACAAUAUGAGCGCGGAGGAGAAAGACCAAAGUUCCAUUGAUUAUCAUCUAUCGCACACAUCGCCCCUCACUCAAUCAGAUUGGAUCGGCCAGCUUGAUGCCUCCUCUACUAAUGGGGCUACUAGUGUUGUCGAUGAUAGCGAUAAUGUUUUGCCAAAUUCUGAUCUGGCCAAUGCUUCCUCAACGCAAAAUCACGAACCUCUCGAUGACCAGAAGGUUGCUCCAAUCAGAAGUCUUUCCAACCUUGCCUCCCCUGCCUGUUCACUUAGCGACUUUGACUUCGAUCUUCCUGACAAAGUACUCGAAGACUGGGAUUUUCCGGCAGGCACAAGCUCUCCUGCCUACGGACAAUAA